CCAUUGCAAUAGCAAAAACCCACCUUCUUCUCUUCUCAGCAGCAGAAAUGGCGAUGGCCAGCUUUUCCAAGCGAAAGGCUCUCCUCCUUUCCAGAAAUCUCUGCAAAUCCGACGUCUUGAGGUACUCUCUCUAUCUCUCUCCUUAUUCUAGAAGCUUCUCCUCAUCAUCCGAAGACAAUGACGUGGUCGUCAUCGGCGGUGGGCCCGGUGGCUACGUGGCCGCCAUCAAAGCCGCUCAGCUAGGGCUUAAAACCACCUGCAUCGAGAAGAGAGGGGCCCUUGGCGGCACCUGCCUCAACGUCGGCUGCAUCCCUUCCAAGGCUCUCCUCCACUCUUCUCACAUGUACCAUGAAGCCAAGCAUGCAUUCCCUAGUCACGGAGUGAAGUUUGGUCAGCUGGAGAUCGAUCUGCCCGCCAUGAUGUCACAGAAAGACAAAGCAGUCUCCAAUCUCACCCGAGGCAUUGAGGGCCUCUUCAAGAAAAACAAGGUAACUUACGUCAAGGGCUAUGGUAAGUUUGUCUCUCCGUCUGAAGUUGCUGUUGACACCAUUGAAGGUGGUAGCACCCUUGUCAAAGGCAAGAACAUCAUAAUUGCUACGGGUUCUGAUGUCAAAUCCCUCCCGGGAGUCACCAUCGAUGAGAAGAAGAUUGUGUCGUCGACUGGAGCUCUUGCUUUGACGGAAAUCCCAAAAAAGCUCGUGGUCAUUGGCGCAGGUUACAUCGGCCUCGAGAUGGGCUCGGUUUGGGGACGGCUUGGCUCGGAGGUGACCGUUGUCGAGUUUGCGCCAGAUAUUGUCCCGAGCAUGGAUUCUGAGGUCCGCAAGCUCUUCCAACGCACACUUGAGAAGCAAAAGAUGAAGUUCAUGCUCAAGACUAAGGUCGUCGGGGUUGACACGUCCGGGGACGGGGUGAAGCUGACAAUUGAACCAGCUGCUGGUGGCGAGCAAAGCAUUCUUGAAGCUGACGUUGUUCUUGUCUCAGCAGGCCGGGUCCCAUUCACAGCCGGGCUUGGGCUUGACAAGAUUGGUGUGGAAACUGACAAGGUUGGCCGGAUCCCGGUCAAUGAACGGUUUGCCACGAGUGUGAAAGGUGUUUUCGCCAUCGGCGACGUGAUACCAGGGCCCAUGCUCGCUCACAAGGCGGAAGAGGAUGGGGUUGCGUGCGUGGAGUUCAUCGCAGGCAAGGAAGGCCAUGUGGACUAUGAUUUGGUGCCUGGGGUGGUGUACACACACCCUGAGGUGGCAUCGGUUGGGAAGACUGAGGACCAGGUGAAGGCGGCUGGCAUUGACUACCGUGUGGGCAAGUUCCCCUUCAUGGCAAACAGCCGUGCCAAGGCAAUUGACGAUGCUGAAGGAGUGGUGAAGAUAUUGGCAGAGAAGGAAACCGACAAGAUACUAGGCGUCCACAUAAUGUCACCGAAUGCGGGAGAGCUCAUACAUGAGUCCGUGCUUGCUAUGCACUACGGGGCGUCGAGCGAGGACAUUGCCCGCACGUGCCACGCUCAUCCGACCAUGAGCGAGGCUGUCAAGGAAGCAGCGAUGGCCACUUAUGACAAGCCCAUUCACAUCUAAGGGGAUUAUGUUUUUGUGUUUUAUUUUUGUUAAGAUUUUUGGAAUAAUUUUGAGAAAACUCCACAACAGGAAUCAUCUUCUAUAUCUCAUUCUGUUGUUUACUGCUGUUAUUGAAAUGCAUUUGCAUUGCAGUUUGCUAAUGCUGAGUUCA